AUGCCACAAGCAAAGAGUUCAAAUUACCUUGGGGACAUGAGCACCGACGCCAGCAAGAGCCGGAGAGAACGCAACAGAGAAGCACAGCAACAGUUCCGAAAGCGAAGACAAGCUGCAGAAGCCGCCCGACUUCAGCGCCUCAAGCGGCUAGAAGGUGUCAUUGAGAGGAUGAGCACAGUGAUAGUAGGCUACGCCGACAAGAUGCUGCAGGAAGAUGUCUUGAAACAGUAUCCUGCACUGGCGGCAGACACUCAGGAUGUCAUCGCCAAUGUGCUCGCUCUAGCCAAUGAGGCUGGUGACCCUGAGGAUAAAAGCGCUGCUGAACCGAUUGAGGGAACAACUCCCAACUACUUGGAGGAGGAGCCUAGAAGAGGUGAUAUAGGGGCUUUGGAAGACCAACCUGUCUCGAGUGACAUACCGACUUUUAGCCUGCCUCCAAACGAGCAGAGUAUCAAUUUUAUCAAUGAAAGUAUGCCACAGUACCACCACUUCAUAUCCUACCCGUCACGGAUAUAUCCCGACUCAGCAAUUGGCGAAGUACCCUACCUACCACCAUCAACGUUACCGCCUUCGAUCGGUCUGCUCCCGUGGAGCACCAUCAAGCCACUAUCACCCACUUCGUUCACACACCAACUUACUCACACUUGCUUCAACGUGGGUUUCCUCCUCCUUACUAAGUCACCCAACUCACCUGUCCCCCUUGCAGACGAAGCUCGCGUAUUUGGAUCCACCCUGCGAUCCGAUGAGCGGAAUGAGAUGAUGACGAAGGUUACUUGGUUUAUGGGCCCCGGCCGAGAUGACAUGAAAUUCUUUGCUUUGAUGCCCCUUGGUCGUCAAUGGCAGGAUAAGAGCUAUACCACAAGUGAGCUCACGAAAACAACAAACAAGCCUGCACUACCGUUCUGUAGUGUUCUCGGCGUCGAGAGACAGCUUGCCACUAUGGGCGCUCAUAUCGUCGCUAAAGAUACCCUUGAGCUGGCUAUCGACAGUACUAUAGAUGACGAGGAUCAGAGGCGGCUGCAGCCGGAAAGCUGGAGUUUUGUGAACAUCUUCCCACCAGGUGUGUUGCGACUGAAAUCGGAACUACCUUCCAUUCGAGUAAGCAUAAGCUUGUUGGUGAAGAACCUAUCUGAGAUCUCUGUGUGUUUGAGCGGUGGGCCAGGAUUUCCGAGGAAGAGGUUGGGAAAAGCGAUUGUAGAUUCGGCGAUUAAGAAUAGGGUUAGAGUUACGCCCUAUGCGGUAUGUGUUUGA